AUGUUUGCCAAGAUUUUGGCCAAGCGCCGCAACAAGGAGCAGGAGAAGCAGCGCCAGCAGCAGCAGCCUCGGGGCUUUAAGCGACAACAAUCCGGCUCUGCUGAUGAGCCCCAGAGCAGGCAACUCGAGGCCCCAGCUGCGGAACGAGGCACAUCAUCGCAACCCCUUGAUCUGAUCUCAGACAUGCUUGUUCAAAUACCCGUCUGUGACGAUGGGGGGUCAGACUCUGACAUGGUUGGCUUCUUGCUCCCUCAUCUCGCGAAUCCUGAGUCCCGCCAACGGCUCCGUCACUUCUUUGAGGAAGCCGACUGGGAUUGGCAUUACUGUCUGCCAUCCAUCCUCAAUGUGGGACUCAGCAGGAGCGCUCGCGAUGGUGGCCGCCGUUGCCGUUGCUCUUACCAUAGGAACCCUCAACGCCUUAUAAAGGUGAAGAUCAUCGGUGGUGACGAACAGCGGGCUCUCUCCUUCCAGGUUGCCUAUGAACGCCCCUCCUCUUCGCACGAUUGGUGA